AUGGUUCAUUUGGAUGAUCGCAUAGAAUGUGAACCAAAGCGCGACGACCGAAUGGAAAUUCCAGAUUUCAUAAGAAUGUUUUUAAAUCAUCGCUUAAUAACUCUGUCUCGGGAUUAUUUUGUUAUGACUCCUUUAUAUUUUUACUUCCUGGUUUCGCUGGUGGAAUUCGGUGAAUGCCAACAGGCUCGACAGCUUGCGAGGGAAUCUUCCAUUGUCGGUCUUUCGAGGCAAUUGGUAGCACCAGGUCCUGAAGCAUCCAAGUCCCCGAAAGUUGCUGUAGGACCAACACUGCCAAUCAGAAGUGCUGGAUCAGAAUUACAACGUUCGAUUCGUCCUCGAGUUCGCACACGAAUCAUAUCUCGAAAGCUAUUAAGGGGAAAAAAAUCAAAGAGAGUUCGACCAUUUCUAUCAUCGCAACUUAAUGGUAGUACUGGUCACCUACUGGACAAACUUCCUUUUAGUUUGGACCGCGGAGUUUUUUCAGGAAAAUUGCCAAAUAUUGAGCCUAUUCGAGCAGAAUCGAGCAUAAUUGCAAGCACUUCAUCUACAUCUCCUACUGUUAGUGGUACCAAUAUUCAGCAUUUACAAUUACAAAUGGAAAGGAGACUUUCGCAAAAAUUGUCUAAUGGAAUUUCUAUCGCAAGACCGCCUGUCGUGAACACUGAUAAGUCUGAUAAACAAGAUGUCAUUCAGAAUUUGCCACUCACUAGAAAUGAUGAAAUUCCAUCGCAAAUUGAUCAAACAAAUUCGCCAUCUUUCUUGAAUUCGUCAGCUGAAAUAACGUUAAGUUCUUUCGACAAUAAACCAUCCAAUAUUCCUCACGAUACUACUGUCUUCAUAGAUGCUCAUCAUGUUCAGUUAUCGUCAGAUGCAAUAUUAGCAACAAAAGAAGCGAAAAAAGAAAUAAGCUCUUCACUUACAGUGGAGGCAUUGAACAACCAGGCUCCAAAUUCUCUCCAACAAGAACUCCAGGAAAAUACCCUUUUUGAUGAUGCCGAUUCAGAAAUAUUACGGAAAAAAGUGCCAUCAAAGAAAAAACACAACAUUGCUAGUAACCCUCCCGGUUUUCUUCCUCCAAGCGAUUCAAUUAUCAACGAUUUGAAUAAAGCCGACGAUUUUAUGGCUGUAGCUAAUGUGUUGCAACUUAAGAGACGUUUUAAAGCUUCAAUGCUUGAGGAGAAGUGCCUGGCAUAUCCAUCAUUAACGGAAUAUUACAACGGUAAAUGCUAUAUCGUUGAACUUAAAAACAAAAAGACUAGCGCUGAAGCUAAAAAUGAUCGGAGCAUUUGCAAUCACUUGGAUGGAUAUCGUGCUAAUCUUGCUGAAAUUGAUGUCCAAACUAGCGAUCAUCUGAAAUCUAUUGGUGUUAUUAAUAAGAGACAACCUGUUUUUGCAAGAAAUUAUCAUAGUGAAGACAUAGAACCAAACGAAAAAUAUGCCUAUAUAUGUCAAUAUGCCGAUGAGUUUUCUUGCAAAAGUGGAUAUGAGUUGUCCGGGCUGCAUUGCUAUAAAGUAUAUAAUAAUAAAGAAACGUGGAAAAAUGCCGCAAAAGAUUGUUCGAAACGGAGUGAAUCACUGGCAGUAGUACACGAUGAUGAUACUGCGCAAUUUAUUGGAAGUUAUGUGACGGAAAGUGCAUCGCCAUACAUUGCUUCAUAUGCUUUCCUUCAUACGAGGAUCAAUAACGCGGCUGGCGAGGGUGUUUUUGGAUACAUGGACAUCGAUAAAGAAAUAGAGCGGAAAUCCUAUGCAUGUCAGCAUAUCGCGUUACAUUCAUUCGGUCAAGUUGUUGUGCCUGAUUCCAAUCUUUGGCUCCCGAAGAACUGA